AUGACCACCAAAAGAAUGUGUAAGUUACUUCUUAAAGGUGAUAGUUAUUUUAAAGGUAAAGAUGCCGAUACGACGAAAAUUAACAAAGACUCAGUCAUCAAAGGAUAUUGUCGUGAUGGUGCUUGUAAAACAAAUGAAGAUUAUAUUAAUGCUUUGAUCGCAUAUAUAAUUAUGAAAUUCAAAGAUACAAUAAGUAGAAAAACUAAGUAUAAUGAUUAUGAUGAAUAUUUAUUGAUGUGGAUAAGUGAUAAAUUAUUUAAGAUGUACCACGAAAGUCAAGGCACAAAUAAAAAAAUAGGCUUUGUCUAUUCUAUUACUUUAAAUCAGGCUUAUGUAAAGCAUUUAAAGAAACAUAAACAAAGAUUGGAUUAUUGGGAUAUUUUAAAUAUGCAGCAGGGUUUGAAAGAAGUGAAUCUUAAGUAUAUGAGCGAAUUUUAUAAGUUACUUAAUCACAUAUGUAAAACAAUUGUAGAUUAUGAAACAAACGGUGCCGGAAGUAAGAAUCUUUCUAAAAAUUCUAUCGGUUGCCGUCAUCAAUAUAGAACCCUUUAUAUGAACAUUCCUAAAUGCAAAUCAUAUCUUCAUUUAUUGAAUAAAUUAAAAGGUAUAUAUGAUACUUUUAGAAGUUCUGCUAUUAAGAGAACUGAUUUAAAAAAUAAACUUAUAAAACUUACACUAGAAAAUGGAAACGAGGUGGAAACGGUGCGUGGUUUUAAAUCAUAUGACUUCAGUAAUGAAGAAUGUAAAUUCCAAAAAAAAAAACGUACACCCUCCAAACCUUCAAAUCCUAAUUCAGAACCAGCAUCGACUACAAAGAUUCAAAGAGGAUCACCAGGAUCUCAAUAUGUAUCAAAUUCUACAGGAGAUCAAUUACCAAAUCAAGAGGAUACAUCAAAAGGUUCAGAUAGUGACCAACAUAAUCCAGCAGGUCAAAUAAAAGAGCAAGGGGGCGAUACACCAGAUAAACCAGACCAACCACAAGAUGGUCAACAGGAAAAAUCAGGCUCUAAACAGCCAAAUUCAAUUGAUGUGCCAAAAAAUGGUAAAGAAAUGAAAACGCCCCCAGCGAAUGGCCCCUCGAUAAGUAUCAAAUCGCCAAACCAAGGAGAAUCAGGAGAUCCAAAAAAAAUGGAAACAGGGGAUAAACAUAGUCCUAUUCCACCACAAAUAAAAGGCCAACAAGCAGAAUCCCCAUCAUCUGCACCGUCUGAAAUGCCUUCAAAGGAGUUAAAAAAUGAUAAUUCGCAACAAUCACAUCAAAUAACAGAUUCACAUAUUCCUGGAGGUGCAUCAACCCCCUCAGAUAGUGGAAUAAAGGAUACAAGCAAUACCAAAGAGCCUCAAGAGAAUAAACAAGGAACUAUAGGGGAUGACCAAAAAGAUUUAGGAGGGGGCAUAGGAAAUGAAAUGAGUACCCCAAGUGAUCCAAGCAAUCCAAACGACAAUAUUCAAACUUCAAGCACCAAUCAAGGAGGUGGAUCAGUAGGUUCGGGUAGUGGAUCAAAAGGUCCAGAUAAUGGAUCGGCUGGGGGAUCAGAUGACAAUAAAGUAAGCCAAGAAGGAUCGGGAGGGUCGAAAAGUGGACAAGGUGUCAAAGAUAGUGAAUCAGGAGGUUCAGGCAGUGAACCGCAAGGUUCAAAUGGUGAGAGAAAAGAUACAGGCAAUGAUCCAUCAAAUAAAGGUGGCGCACAAGGUGAUCAAGGAAAUUCAGUUGAUGGACCAGAUAGUGGCCAAGUAACUACAGAUAAUGGGACCAAAAGUACAAAUGGUGGGCAAGGUGAUAAAGGAAGCCAAGAAGGAUCAGUCGGAGGAGGGGAUAAGCCACCCACACCUAAUGGUUCAUCACCCCCCCAAAAAGAUUUAAAUCAACAAAAUCCACCUCAGCAAAAUUCAUCUCAAACUUCAUCAGAAACUUCGCCAAAAUCUAACGAACAAACUCAAGAGCAGCGACAGUCUCAGGACACGUUUGGAAACCAAAAUUCUGAUCAAAAAUCUCAAGAAGAACAUCAAAAACCGGGGGUAAAUCCAGUGAUUAUACCAGAACAUCCUGGAAGUGAAGUAAAAGGAAAUGGAAUAACAGGAAUAGAUGAUGGAUAUGUAUUAAACAAAUACAAAAAAAUUGUAAUUUCAAUUAUAGUUAUUCUAAUACCCAUUACUUUAACUAUUCUGUACAAGUAUUUGUCAUUUGGGCGGAGAAAGGAAUUGAAGAAAAAAACAAACAUGAAAAAGGUUAUAAAUUCAAUUGGAGGAAAAAAACAAAUACAAAUAAUUAUAAAAUCAUCUAGUCGAAAAAAACAGACUAAAAAAUCUAUAAAUUCCGUUUAUGGGGAAAAAUCUCCAUCAUUAAAUAUAUACAAGAUUAUGCAGGCUGAUCCUGUACCAUUUAUUAAUUUAUUUUUUUUGCUGAUUUUUUUUGUUUAUAAAAGAAAGCGCGAUUUCAUAGAAUUAUAA